GUAACUUCUCAGCAGCCGUUCGCCACCGUUACAAGUGAAGGACGACCAUCUCGGAAAAGCUGUACAGGAACUGAAAGAAUGCGAGAUAUCGGGAACCAAGCCGUGUGGACAGUGUCCUCCUGCAAACCUGAAUUCGACGUAGGAAAGCUUCGUGAUGAAUCUCUCCAGACGUAUUGGCAAUCGGACGGCGAUCUUCCCCAUCUGAUCAGCAUACAGUUCCAGAGGAAGACGAUCGUCGAGGACGUGUGGGUUUACACACAACACGAGAUAGACAAAAGUUACACCCCGAGUAGGAUAUCCGUCAGAUCGGGGACGCACUUCAACGAUCUGCAGGAGGUGAAGGUGAUAGACUGCGUGGAACCGAACGGCUGGGUUUAUAUUCCCUUGAACGAUUAUCUCGAGCCCCCUUUUCGCACGUUCAUGUUACAAUUGGCCGUUGUGUUGAAUCACGACGACGGACAGGACACUCGCAUUCGUCAGAUUAGGGUUCAUUCUCCUGUCGGAAUGCCUGUUGUAGCGGUGGACUGCCAAGGGUAUUUCACGUCACCCAUUUUUAAAAGUUUCGCGUUCAUUAGGUAAAUGGUUUUGUAGAGUUUUGAGUGGUUUUUAAUUUACGUUUAAGAAUGACAUGAUUUGGUCUAAGACGUGUAAUUAUGAUUAUGAAAUUCAAGUAAGUGUGAAGGAUGUAACUACUGUAGUAUCAUUCGUUUAGUGCUUAGUGUUCGUAUGUACGAUCACCAUAAUUAUCUAGGGUAACAAAUGAGUAUAGGAUGUAUCUUAGGUUAUAUUCUUAUUAGCUAGUACAAGAGUAUAUGUGUUGCACCCUCACUUUCAUAUACAUUUAAAGAACAGGCACUUUUUAUAAACGAUUCUUUUGCAAGAGUUCUUUUGCAAGGAUUUCGAUUUUAUGGAAAUGUUGAACCUACAGGAUAUUAGGUUUUUUUUUUUAAUAUUUAUACUAGGGACCAAAAUCUUGCAUAUUUCAUAACUUGUAUGUUUCUUUCCAUGCGUGGUUUUAAUAAUACAUAAUGAAUGGUACCAAAACAAAAAGCCAUUUAUGCUGUAAAUACUCAGUCUAUGUUGACCGAGACUGUUUAUAUAUUUACUUAUACAGAUUUUGGUUUCUAUAACAUAUUGUGCAAUAUUCAUCUAAAUAUAUUUUCAUUUUAGCAUUGUUUUAUAUACGGAAGCUUAAUGGUCUUCUAUUACUGUCCACCACUUCUGCUGUUAAGAGUUGUCGACUAGGUUCCAGUUUGGAAAUAUUUUUUUUAGAAAUCCGUAAGUUAUGUUGUUAUAAAUGGCAUGGGUUGUAUACGAACCUUUUAUACUCUUGUAAUUACUGUUGGUGAUUUGUUAAUGGAUGUUUUAUAUGUACAUAUGGUACAAGAGUGUUUUUGUAUCUGUUGGUUUGAUUUUAUGCUCUUUUGAUGUUAUAAGUCUCAGGGAUAUGACAUUGUAAAAGUGAUCUUACACAUUUUGAGUAAUUUAUGCAGGAUAUGUCAUUAAAAGAGAAAAUGAGCCAA